GUCACAACAAAAAUAGACACCGUCCGUCAGACAGCGGGCGGAAGCCGGUCCCUUAACACUUUGCUGCUGGUUUGUGGCCUUUGUUGCCGUAUUCGUUGGUACUCUGAAGUCUGCAGUAAAGCAGCGAAAUGAAGGCCAUCAUUCAGCGAGUUUCAGCAGCAAAGGUCACCGUUGGUGAAGAGCUCAUUAGUUCCAUCGUUAAAGGCCUCUGUGUACUGAUCGGAAUAUCGAAUGAAGACAAUGCCAACGAUGUUGAUUGGAUGGCCAAAAAGUUACUGAGCAUCCGCCUCUUCGAGGAUCCCUCGGGAAAACGGUGGACCCAAAGUGUCCUAGACCAGCAGCUAGAGCUGCUCUGCGUCAGCCAGUUCACCCUGUACCAUCGGAUGAAGGGCAACCGGCCGGAUUUCAGCAAAGCCAUGCAGGGUCCGGACGCGCAGAAUCUGUACAAUUCGUUGCUGCAGAAGUUGGGCACGCUCUACCAGGCGGACAGAAUCAAGGAUGGAAAAUUCGGAGCCAUGAUGCAGGUCCACAUUCAGAACGAUGGCCCCGUAACGUUGGAAAUCGAAUCCCCUGCGCAGAGCCAACAGGACCUGGACAAGCUGAAGCGGGCCAAUGAGCAUAAGGCAAAGAGUAAAAAGGGUGCUCAGGAAGUGGUGGAGAAUGGAGAAUGUCCGUGAUAGUUAAUAAAUGAUGUUUUCGUUGUUCAAAUGGGUUUAUUUUCAUAAAAAUAAGGAAAUUGUCAUCCAGUAAGAUUCGACUCGAGUUAAGCUUUCGGAAAUAUCCUUAUAUUUUCCUCUUAAUAAAUCGUUAUCUGUCGCUGUCGCGUAUUUUCAUUUAUCGGUAGUAAAUAUACAAUCGAAGGUUUACUGUUUUCAACAAGAUCCAUAAGUCUCUUUCUAACAACUAAAACUUACAACAAAACUUUGCACAUUUUGCGCUGGAAUUUUUGCCUACUUAAACCAAUUUGACGAAAUUACCUGGAUUUGCCCCUAAACAGAUCCCCAUUUAAAAAUAGAUGUGAAAUUAACAUUGCUACCACACUGUUCUUGCUUUUGAUUCUCAGUUUUUGUAAGAAAGCACAGUUUUUUUUUAGUAAGUACGAUUCGGAUGCCGCGCCGAAAUCACAUUGAAAAAAAUUAAACACACUGAAUUGGGAAUGAACAAUUCCGUUUGCUGGAGGAUGCAACUAAAUGUAAGAGGAAGGAGAUAAAUUUGUAUUGUCUAUGUCUAUAACUGAAGCUAUCCAACCUUUUCAACGAAAGCGUUCGAAUUUCGCAGAUAUGUCUCUAAACUACUCAGCUGAUGAUGGUGGGUUGAUUUCAUGAUAUGGUAAAGACGUGAAAAGGUUGGAACGAGCUCCAGUGUCGAACAAGCAAAAUUUGAAGAUAAGUCAAGCGUAAUCAUGUUGGAACUGCAGUGAUUUGAUAAGCCUAUUGUAUUGCUGUUAUUCGUAGUAAACCGUUUACCUGUGAAUACGUAGUGCAGUGGAAUAACAACAUUGAGAUUUGUGUUAUUUUCGAGAAAAUAGUGCUUGUUUUCAAAAGAGAUAUAAGCUCGUUUAAAUCGAUUUAUUGUACUUGUUUUCAGUUUU